AUGGGAGAAUGGAAGAAGAGGAUACGUGACGAUACCGGCCCAGGACUAGUGCAAUCCGUGAUUCCUGCAACAACCACUUUCAAACAUAAAGGCCACAUACUCGCCCAACUUAAAGAAAUUUCAUUCUAUGGAAAAGAUCACGAAGACGUGUACAAGCACCUAGAAGAGGUCAAUGACAUAGCCGAUUACUUUAACUUUCCUAAUGUCGCCCGCGACACCGUUUUGCUUCGUAUGUUACCGAUCACGUUUAAAGGCGCUGCAAAAGAUUGGCUAAAAUCACUCCCUCCGGGAUCCAUCACCACAUGGGCUAAAAUGAAAGAAGAGUUUAUUGAUCAAUUUUGCCCGCCAUCAAAGAUAUCCAAGUUGAAGAAAUCUAUAGCUAAUUUUGAGCAACAAGCUGGAGAAUCACUUUAUGAGGCGUGGGUGAGGUACAAAUGCUUACUACGGAAUUGCCCACGACAUGAUCUUAAUAGUCAGCAAGAAGCCUCCAUUUUUUAUGAUGGAGUAAACGUGAGAACAAGGCAAUUACUUGACUCGCAAGGACCGCUCAAAAAGAAGGCACCCCUGGUGAUAAAGCAACUAAUUGAGGAAUUCUCUAAGCAUUCUAGAGAAUACCACAACCCAAAGAAUGAUGUGACAAAGGGAUCAGCUUAUGCAGCUUCAGAAGAUUUGUCGACAGUUAUGGCAAUAUUGAAAAGCAUGGAUAGGAGGAUGGAUAAAAUGGAUCAAACAAUCCAUGUUAUUCAGGUAGGAUGUGAUAAUUGCAAUGAACCUCAUCUUACUAGAGAUUGUGAUUUGGACAAGAACGGGAAUAAGAAAGUGCAAGAAUGCUAUUCUAGUGGUCAAAGAUUUGAUGACAAUUGGCAAAAACCUAAGAAAGAAUGGCUUCCUUAUGAUGAGUACAAGAAGGCGAAGGAGGAGAAGUAUACACAAAAGGCAAGGGGUUUUUACCAAAAGGAGGAGCCGGUACAAGAAAAGAAACCAAAUUUGGAAGAAAUGCUCACUAAAUUUGUAGCUGCAUCCGAGAAAAGACACAAUGACCAUGAUGUUGCAAUACAAGAUACAAGAACAAUGUUAAGGAAUCAGCAAGCAUCUAUUCAUAACAUUGAGAAGCAGUUGGGGAAACUUGCCCAACAAAUAAAUCAAAGAGCACCAGGAGAACUUCUUAGUAAUACCGAAAACAAUCCAUGA